CGAAUUUCUAGUCAUAAUUAUGAUUUUUACUAAAAUAUAGGAGUGAAACGCGGGUUUAGAAGCAACAGCUGCGCUUCUGUCAGCGCAUAACUAUUGUAACAUCAAUCCGGAUUGGCCAGUGCAAGGCCGACUUGUUACGAAUCAUACCGAACGCUGAACAUUGAAGCGUGUUUACCAAUAUGGCGUACCGAUGUUUGAAUUUGAUCGUUACGUGACGUUAUACGUGGAAAGUUUCUGAGAUAUAUACGAAAUUCUAUUAUACACGAGUUACGUUAGACAUUGAAGUUUAGAAAAAUACACCAGGCAGCUUUCUGCUUAAAAGCGUAUAUCCACGAUGGAGAAUUUCGUAAAAAUCGAGAAGAUCGGCGAAGGUACAUAUGGAGUGGUAUACAAGGGAAAGCAUAAGAAAACUGGAGAGAUUGUAGCUAUGAAAAAGAUUCGUUUGGAGAGUGAUGAUGAAGGAAUACCAUCCACAGCGAUUCGUGAAAUUUCUUUGCUCAAAGAACUACCACAUCCCAAUAUUGUUAGAUUAAUGGAUGUUCUUAUGGAAGAAACCAGAUUAUAUCUGAUCUUUGAAUAUCUUACUAUGGAUUUAAAGAAAUAUAUGGAUAGUUUAGGUAAUGGAAAAUUAAUGGAGCCGCAAAUGGUCAAGUCUUAUUUAUAUCAGAUCACACGUGCUACUCUCUUUUGUCACAAGCGUAGAAUAUUACAUCGUGAUCUAAAGCCGCAAAAUUUGUUAAUUGACAAAUCAGGAUUGAUUAAGGUAGCAGAUUUUGGUCUUGGAAGAGCUUUUGGGAUACCAGUCAGAGUAUAUACACAUGAAGUAGUCACUUUAUGGUAUAGAGCUCCAGAAAUUCUCCUUGGUGCUAAUAGAUAUUCAUGUGCUAUUGAUAUAUGGAGCAUAGGCUGCAUAUUUGCUGAAAUGGCAACAAAAAAGCCAUUAUUCCAAGGAGAUAGUGAAAUUGACCAGUUAUUUAGAAUAUUUCGAAUUUUGAGAACACCUACUGAAGAAAUAUGGCCUGGUGUAACACAAUUAUCAGAUUAUAAGGCCACAUUUCCAAAUUGGAUAACAAACAAUUUGGAAUCGCAAGUUAAAACGUUAGAUGCAGAUGGGCUUGAUCUGUUGCAAAUGAUGCUUAUCUAUGAUCCUGUACAUAGAAUAUCAGCACGUGCCGCUCUAAAACAUCCUUACUUCAACGAUUUAGAUAUUUCGAAAUUGCCACGGGCAUAAUACUGAACAAUAUAAUACAAAUUGAUGAAUGAAUGUUACUCGGAUAUCGUGACGUUUUAAUUGUGUGACUAUGUAGAGAAUAUGUCUCAGGGUAUACUGAAAAGUUAAUUUAUUCAUACAGAAAAUAUUUAAGAAUUGUUUUAAUGACUUAUUUUGUAUUUACAUUGAUAUAUUCAGACAACACUACAAAUUUUUGAUAGAUAUCAUGAUAAGUCAUUGUAGUAUACUCGAGUAUAAAAAGUGUUCUGUAAGAGAUGUUUGAAUGAUUUAUUUCUGUCGUAUAAAUGUCGUAUACUCUUAGAAUUUUAUUGUAGAUUGUAAGACAUUCAUUACUUAUUCAUUUUAAUCAAAAUAUCGUGAGUGGCCUUAGGUAUCAUUCCAUCAUAUACUGAAUAAGAAAAUUAUUUUUGUCACUGUUCAGAGUAAGCACUGUAAGUGUUCUUGUUUUAAGAGAGAUAAUAACACUUAAUGUUGGGAAUUCAGCUGAGGAUAUAUUGUCACUAUUAUAUAUAUAUAUGUAUCACUGAGAAAUUCAUACGCCUAUUAAAAAUAUCUUUUUCUUUUAUUUUUACUCUAAAUAAAUGAUAAUAUUUUAUUGAAAUAUGUUCCUCAAUGUAGGAGAAAUUUCAAUAAUUUGUUUAACAUUUUCGUAUUCACAGAGAAUAUAUAUCUGUAUUGAUAUUUAUCCAGUAUGACGUUUUCUUUUAUCUCAGUAAUAUGUAAAUUAAGUUAAAUUCUAUAAAGAAAGAAAGAGAGGGAGAUAGAAAAAAAAAGAAUGAAACCAUACGUGAUGUUAGCGAUUCCAAGAAUGAUCAACUUGAUUCGCGUACGGAUGAAGAUGAUUCAUCGCAAGCAACGGUAUUAUAGCGAAAUUACAUAGUACCCAUAUCUUCAGCUCGAGUUCAAUGAAUACAAACAAACUGUCUUUGCGAGAAAAGAUACAUGUAAGUCCUAAAGAUUUCUAUCUCAUUUUUUAUAUGUUACAGACUAUUAAACAAUGAGCCAUUGAAAUAAUUAUAAAUUUAAUAUUAUAGAAUAUCGCAUAUUUUACGAUGUUUCAUAUUUUAAUAAAAGAUAUCGAUG